AUGGCGGACUCUCGGAGGGUUCAGUUGACCACGUUGCCCCCCGGUCCAGUCCCCUCGGAACCGGCCCCAAAGCCCCGGAAGUCCCCGACAGCUGGCCCGCGGGCAGAAGUGGGCCGCCCGGACCCCGGCACAGUCCGGCUGGAGCUCGCGCUGUUCGAGGCGGAUGAGCGGAGCUCUCCGGAGUUCAGCUACAGCCGGCUGGUCGACAGCAAGAUCAACUGCACUAAAGAAAAAGUCCCACUCAGCAGAUUUGAAGAGGAAGAAAUGAGGGAGACCGACGAGGUCGCUGCUAUGUCAAAGAAGUUGGAAAAUCUAUAUGGUGAUAAACCAAAGAAACAACAACAACAACAACAGAAGGAGGACCGCAUUCAGGACUUGAUUGACAUCGGCUUCGGUUACGAUGACGAGGAUUCCUUCAUCGACAACUCUGAGGCGUACGACGAGUUCGUGCCGGCCUCCAUCACGACCCGAUUCGGCGGCUUCUACGUGAACUCUGGCGUGCUCCACUUCCGCCAGGCGUCCGAGGCCGAGGAGCCCGAGGAGCUCGCCACCGACGAGGAAACACCCGAGUCCCCCAAAGUCAACCGAGGUCACGACAAGCCGAAGAAGAAGCGCCGCGCAGAAGGAGCGAUCGUCAGGGAGGCGGAGUCCAGCGCCUUGUCUGAAAAUGGACCGGACGCCACGACGACGAUGAAGAAGAGGAAGAAGAAGAUGGCCGCCGGCCCGCUGAGCGUCACCAGCAUGUUGAAGAAGUUCCAGAGGGAGAAGGAGAAGGAGCGACAGAAGAUGGCGAAAGCCCCUCAGAAGAGCGCCGCCGUCGUCCCGGUGAUCGUCUUCGUCCCGCCGGACGCCGGCGGCGGCGUGCCGGGUCUGACGGACCCGCUGCUCAGUCUGAUCGGCUCCACCGACGACCACGCCCUGAUCCAAGCGGCCAACGCCGUGGAUUUCGACAUCGACCUCGACUCUUUGUUGGACGUCACCGAACAGUCGCAGCCCGCCGCCGAGGCGCCACUCUUCAGGUCCAAGGCGGACGAUCCGGUGGAGGCCGCCGCCGCCCCUCUGGUCCGACCUCCGGACCCGGAGACCGGCGUUCGUCCGCCGCCUCACUCGGCGCCGACCCCCCCGCCGCCGCCCGGCGCCCCGGCCUCGGCGUCCCAGUGCGUGGUCCCGCUGCCGGAGGGACUUUCCCCGCGGCUGGAAGUCAGCAUCCGGAAGCUGCUGGCGGUCAUCAAGACGUCGGAGCGAGAGAAGCUCAAGUUCUUCACCCCGGAAAUCAACUCCACCCUCCUCGACAUCGAGGUGCAGUGCCGGGAGCAGGGCGUGCAGCUGCGCUCCAAGGUGUACACGCACCUGUCGGCCUUCCUGCCCUGCAGCAGAGACACGCUCCUCAAGCGCGUCAAGAAGCUGUUCCUCGCCCACACGGUGAGCUGCAGCGGCGUCACGGGGCUUCUUCGCCAGGAGGAGCCCCCCGACGUGGACGACCCCCUGCAGAAGCUGAAGGAGGCCAUCGGCAGAGCCAUGCCCGAGCAGACCGCCUCGUUCCGCGAGAGCUGCCGGCUGCACGAGCUCGGCCGGACCUCCAGGGCCACUGAGGAGGAGGCGGUAGAGGAGAACCUGGAGGAGAAAGGUGGGAGGAGAGGAGGAGGAGGAGGUCCGAAGAAGUCGUUCAAAUGGAACGAAGAGAUCAGGCGGGGGUUGUGCGAGGUGCUGCGCGUGCGGAUGGAGAGCUACAGCACCCGAGGGAGUCAGGAGAUGGAGCUCCAGCUGAAGAGCUUGUUGGACAACGAGGUCCAACCGCUGUGGCCCAAAGGGUGGAUGCAAUGCAGGGUGCUGCUGCGGAGAGCAGGAAGAUGUUGAGCCUCUUCACGCCGCCGCCAGUGAAGCCGGCCCGGCUCAAGAAGAGGUCCACCUGGGGCCCUCCUCUCCAGGGGCCGCCCC